GGUGCCUUGUAUUAGUUACUAGUUAGUGUCCGCUUAGCUUUAUUGAAUAGAAAUCUAUAGGGAAAUCGAGUCGUACUUGUUAGUUGUCAUAAUAAUUACAAUGUUACUACCUAAAUUACCAUCGUUUGUCACUCAAAAAGUCGAAAGGCGUUUCAUCCACUGAGUAGUGAUUGUAAUUAUUGGUUAGAACUUCAUUUCUCCCAAUAAUUUGCAGGGUUUCUUUCAUGAAUUCAACAAAAUAUUUCCCCCUAAAUUUUUCUUAUCAAAAUUGUGGUUAGUCAAAAUGAGAGUUGUUUUACUUCGAAGGAGUAAGCAGCUAGUGUUAGUACUGUUAUUAGUGUUUGGUUUAUGGAUUGGUAUAAUUGUUAUGAACGACAAACUUCCUGUUCAUCACAUCAACAUGGUAUACAGUGCAAAAACUUAUGAUUCCUUACAAGCAAAUGCUGGUGCUGACAAUAAGUACUUACCCGAAAAAUCUAUAAAUGUUUUGGACAUGGAGCAAAGUGAAAGAAAAAAAUUAGCAAAGGAGGUUUGCAAACUUUCCCAGAAAAACCCAAAUCUUGACUCUGUGAUAAAGGACAGGGUGCUACUUGAUCACAUUAUAGUUGAUGACGAACAUAGACUCCUCUACUGCUAUGUGCCAAAAGUUGCUUGCACCAACUGGAAAAGACUGCUGAUGGUAUUGAUGGGUAAAGCAAACACCACCAAUCCUCUAUCCAUCGUAGCAGAUGACUCCCACCGUUUAAAUGUCUUUCGUCGCCUAGACAACUAUACCGGAGAAGAAAUUCGCUACCGGCUAGAUCACUUCAUGAAAUUUAUGUUUAUCCGGCAUCCGUUCGAGAGGCUCGUAUCGGCUUUCCGCAACAAAUUCGGUCAAAACUCCUCAAGCUCCGACUACUUUCGAUCGCGCUACGGACGUCAGAUCAUCAAACAGUAUCGCGCGAACGCUUCAGAAGAAUCUCUUGCACGAGGGCACGACGUCACCUUCCGGGAAUUUGUGCAGUACAUCAUCGAUCCACGCACGGUGGCCCGUACCAACUUCAACGAGCACUGGCGACCAAUGGUGGACCUCUGUUUGCCUUGCACUAUUCAGUACAACGUGAUUGGAAAGUAUGAAUCCCUCAUGGAUGACGCAUGGCUAGUGCUAGAGAAAGCCAAUCUCAAUCAAAAAGUUAGCUUUCCCCGAUCUGAACGCCCGUCAAACACCAACUCACUCAUCGAAGAGUACACCAAACAUCUCUCAAGGGAGGAGCUGCUACACCUCUACCACAUUUACGAGAUGGACUUCCGGCUCUUCGACUACCAUUCUCCAGGGUUCGAUUAAUGGCCAGCGCUGGCAUUAUUAAUCAAUUUAUUGAAACGCAUUCGUUGCAUUUAAGUGGACUUAAAAAAAAAUAGUUUGUGUGAUAUGUCAUUAUGCUUAUAUUGUCUCGAGGGGCUUUGCAACCGGUGAUGAACGUUAGGUUAUGUAGAACCGAUGUUAAUUGAAAAUGGUCUCAAUUACUUACCUGCGUAUACUCGGCUUUGAACUCAAAAUUUUUCUACUUGAAUUUCUGGACCAUUUACAAAAAUCACCCUUUUCUUAUGCCCCAAACAGAUAGCUUUGUGCAAUGUGUCGUCCUAUUUUGGCCAAGCUGAAUACAUCAGAAUACCUUUAA